AUGUUGGAAGAGCUGCGGCAGUUCGGGUUGGACCGCCAUGACUUUCCGACGCUUUUGGGGAAUGUAUCCACGCUGCUGCGUAUGUUGACGCUGAACAUCGACAGCCGGAAUACCAAACGAAUAUCAUUUAUCUUCUACUUGUUGAUGCUGGUAUCUCUAUCCUGCAACUUCUACGCGUUCAUAAUAUCUGUUAUCUGGUAUGUCUUCUUUCGGGACGUAGAAGAAGAACUGUUGCAGAAAAUCAUAGCAUUCGCUCAAAUGGUUACCAGUACGGGGUCCGUCACCAACUUUUUGCACAUGUAUUUGAAUAAAAAUAAACUAAAAAGAAUUGUAGAUGCGUAUAUUCUCUGCGACUCUAACGUUGAGCCCUACAGCAGGAUGUCCAGAAAUAUCGAAGUGACCUUGAAGUCAGUCAAAAAAAGGGCAAUAAUUUUUUUUAUCUUCGUCGUGAGCCAAAUUGGAGUUUACCUUACGAUUCGACCCCUAGUUGUUGACAGAAGUUCUAUGAAAGAUUAUUCAAUUUUGUGGGGUCUUGAUCCAAUGGUCGAAACACCUAACUUCGAAAUUUCAGUUUUUGUUAUAACGAUGACCGUGCCGGUAAUUGUAUUUGCACCCGUCAACAUUAUAAUCCUUCUCAUAGUCAUCGCCGGCUACUCCGAAGCUCACAUGUUAGCCCUCAGCGAGGAGCUGCUGUAUCUAUGGGAAGACGCAGUAAUCGACUAUCAGAUGCAGCCCUCAAAAAUGGAAUUAAAUAACAUUAUCUCCAUCGACGAGUUUGUAAAACGACGUUUAGAAAACAUAAUUAAAUCUCACGCGCAAAGUAUACAAAUGUUCCAGAUGGUUGACUACGUGUUUAGAAAUGGAAUUGCUAUUCAAUUCAUAUUCUUUUCUAUAUCUCUCGUAGCUUGUCUGUUGGGAGGCUUAAAUAACACAUAUGCGCAAAUCCCUUUUAUUUUAAUGCUGGUAGGCAUGAACUGUAUCACGGGUCAAAAUCUGUUGGACGCAAGCUGCACUUUCGAAGCUGCUGUUUAUCGUUGCAAAUGGGAAAAGUUUGACAGUAGUAACAGGAAAUCAGUGCUGUUGAUGCUGCGAAGCGCGCAGAAAAAUAUGAUGUUGUCAGCGAGGGGAGUGGCUUUCUUGACCUACGCGAGUUUUACUUACAUUAUCAAGGGUAUCUACUCCAUGUAUGCUGCGUUUCAGUAA